AUGUCGAAGAAGGUCCAGGGCGCCAUUACAGCGCCCCAGCUCAGAACGCUUCUUGCACGCAUCGGCAGUGGCGUCGGUGGCAAUAAGCCAGAACUCGCGGAACGCCUCCAGUCAGACCUCAAUGUGGCCAAGCUUCAACAUGGCAGCAAACCCGGCCGCAUUCUCAGCGUGGACAUGGGCAUCCGCAACAUGGCUUGCUGUGUGUGCGAUGUUUCCAUCCAACAGCCCAAGAAGAAUUCCCCCACGGGGAGCCCCCGCGUGAAGCUCAACGUGCUGGCCUGGGAGCCCAUCUCUGUCAGCGACCUCGCCCAGCAAGAGGAAGAGCAGGCAUCUUCUGCAGACCCUGCAGCGCGGCUGAGCAGCCAGCUCACCCAAACCGCCAAAGAGUCAUUUCGGCCGUCCAUCCUCUCGCGCGCUGCCUACGCGCUGCUCAAGCGGAAGCUCCUCCCCUACGCGCCGCAGACCAUUUUGAUCGAGCAGCAGCGCUACCGCACCACUUCGUCUGCCGCCAUUCAAGAGUGGACCUACCACGUCAACAUGCUUGAGGGCAUGAUCUGGGCCAUCCUCGAGACGCUUAGGCAAGAAGAGACUUCCGCGCGCCUGCCAACCGCCGUCUUGAGAGCGCCCUCAUUCCCUAGCGCCUUCCCGGUCAGCCCAAAACGCGUUGCCACCUUCUGGACGGACAACUCGGAGCUCGGCCGAGCGAUUCUCAGCGAAACUGCUGCCAGCACUGCCGCGCUCAAGCGUCCGUCUUCUCGCUCGCGCUCGACAGCAUCGAAGGCGGGGGAGGGUGUCGAGGAUGACGCUGCGGCCGAGGGAGAAGAGGGGGUGGAGGACGGCAUGAGCAAACCAAAGAAGCUAAGCAAAUCGAAAAUCGAGAAGAGGGUCAAAAUCAAGCUCGUCGAGCAAUGGUUGCUCGCGAACAGCAGCGGGUCUGCGUCGGCUCGGCGAGACUGCGACGUGCAACUCAGCUUCGACACGGCCGAAGUCCGCGGCAUGCGUGACGUUUUCUUGUCUAGGCUGUCCAAAGCCGGGAAAAGGACUGGCGGAGGGAGCAGGAAGAAGCGCGCAAAGGACGCGUCAGAAGCGCCGGCCCCGUCAGUCGCCAGCCUGUCACCGCCAGUCGACCCCAAGAAACUGGACGAUUUGGCCGACUGCCUCUUGCAAGCGGCCGCGUGGGCGCAGUGGGAGGGCAACCGACGUGCAAUGCUGGGGUUGGACGAGAAGACCCUGAAGGAGGUGGCUGAGGCUAGCGCGUAG